AUGUUUCGAAUUACUAAUUAUCGUAAAAUUCAGGAACGCGAUCUUUUUUGGCAACAGUUUCGCUACGUAGCAUUGGGAAUUCUUACAAUUGCAAUCAUCAUAUUCAUCAUUAUUCUGAGCAUGAUCAAUAAACGACCAAAUAUUGACUCACAUAUCAUUAAUAUUCAACAUUUGAAUGAGCAGAGCACGUCGACAAAAACGGUCCUACUACAACAAAAAUCAUCGAAAGGAAAACGAAAAAGAAGAAAGAUAUAA